AUGACAGCCAUAGUAUUACCAAUGUCCUCCAAUUGCUUUGUCGCUGAAUUCAAACCAGAAGAAGAGCGACGAGAAAGCAGAGCGCCUUCUCCCCAACCCAAUGACUAUGUUCUAGUGGACAAUGUCCCGUCCACGUAUGGACUACUAGACUGUAGUAGCGACGAUGACGACGGCAUGGACAAAAAGGAUGACUCCACAGCCACGUCUUCUACUCUGCCUUCCCUGAAUGAUAUUGACGAAACGGAUUACCAUGGAGACUUUUUUGUAUCCAAAAUGCAAGUGGGAAACGGAGAGGAGUCCCACCGUCUGGCACCCGAAGAAGAAGAUCACGAAGACAGGUAUCAUUUCAAUAGUAGUCGAAAUGGGGGACUCGAAAAUCUUGGAAAUACGUGCUAUUUGAAUUCUGCGCUUCAAAUGAUUGCCAGUCUCGAUAAUUUAGUAUCGGCCAUGCGUGAAACGAAACCUCAAGUGGACGAUUCCAAGCUCCGCAAUGUCUUGCUGGACAUUAUGGAGCGUCUAGGACGAGGAGAAACUGUUCGCCCGUCUGAUUUCAAGGAAGAAUUGGACAAUCGGUCGCCUCUUUUUGUUGGUUUUCGACAGGAAGACUCACAUGAGUUCUUGACCAAACUUCUCGAUUUAAUCGACGAAGAUUACAAAAAGAUGGAAGCCAAGCCCAUGGACGAUGAAAAUGAUUCCUCGAGUCAAACAAAUUCUAAAUCUCCAGCACAUCAGCACUCCAACAGGAAAAUUGAUUCACCAACCAAGAAACAAAAAGUAGGCGAGGAAUCAGGCUUGCCCAGCGUCCCCACUUCUGGCUCGUUUAUGGACCUUGAAUUUUCCGAUAUUGAGAAUCUGUUACACGGGACCAAUAGUAGUGACAACAUGUCAGUUCCAGCGCAGGAAACUACGGAACGGCCUGGGCCGCGAUGCAAGCUAGUUGGUGGUAGAAUGGACACUGCUGGCAUUCCGCUGAAUCGAUAUGACGAUCAUUGCCUUUCCAGUGAACCGGCCAAUGCAGUCAAAGCUAUGACCGAUGAUAAUGAAUCUACUCAGAAGGAAAAUCUCAAUCCCAUUCAAGACUAUAUGACAACGGAAGUUCGGCUAUGUCUCACAUGUGAAUCUUGCAAGUACCGAAGAAGUCAGAAGGAAACCUUUUUCCAUCUCUCUCUCGACCUUGCGCCUGAUUGCACCAGCGUCGAAGAAGGUCUACGUAAAUUCUUUGCACCCGAACGACGAGAAGUAAAGUGUGAAAAAUGCUUUUAUGGAAGUGCGCUGCAAACGACUGAAAUCACUCGGUUGCCCAAGGCUAUUCUGUUGCAUCUGAAACGAUUUAUUGUCGAUGUAAGCCCCGAUUACACAUCAAUAUCGUAUCGCAAGGACCGAUCUUGUUUCUCCUUUGAGGAUUCCCUCGAUUUUGAUAUGGAUGGAGUGCUACAUGAAUUUCUGGCUCCCGAUGUUUCAUUGCCCCCAGGUGACACAUACGCAAUUCGCAGUGUUGUGAACCAUAUUGGGUCCUCGGCCAGUUGCGGUCACUACACGACAGAUGCUUAUCGAGCUGUUGCCGGAAAACGGGAAUGGACGCGGUUCAAUGACUCCUUUGUUUCCAAAAUCUCUGCCGAAAGUGCGAUUCAAGACUCUUCCCAAACGGCAUACAUGAUCAUGUACGAAGCUGACGAGGCGCCUGUCGAAAAGGGAUGUGUUCUAGUCUAG